GUAACUUUUAAUGGAAGCAGUCCACUCGCAAAAAUAUGAUAAUUUGUAAUUUAUAGUAAUUAUUGUUUAAAAAUGUUUUAUUUUAAAACGGCCGUGUUCAGUGUAUUAGUAAGUGCUGUUUGGUGUAAAAACCCAAGGGAAUUUCCUUCUGGUUUUAUAUUUGGCGCCGCUACUGCUGCGUAUCAAAUCGAAGGGGCUUGGAACGUUAGUGAUAAAGGCGAGAGCAUUUGGGAUAGGUUUGUGCAUACCAAUCCUGGUGCAGUAAAGAAUAAAGAAAAUGGAGAUGUAGCGGCCGACUCUUAUCACAACUGGCAGCAAGACAUCGAUAUAGCCAGUGAUAUAGGACUUCACUUUUAUAGAUUCUCAGUAUCAUGGCCACGUCUACUGCCAACUGGGUUUAUAAAUAUUAAAAGUGAAGAUGGUAAGAACUACUACAAUAAGCUGAUCGACGGACUAUUAGCGAAGGGAAUUGAGCCUGUAGUAACGCUAUACCAUUGGGACUUACCGCAACCUAUACAAGAUCUAGGUGGUUGGACAAAUCCAUUGAUAGCUGAUUACUUCGCCGAUUAUGCUAAUUACGUCUUCUCUCUAUUCGGCGAUCGCGUGAAGACUUGGAUAACUAUAAACGAAGCUAUAUCAGUUUGCGACUUUGCCUACAACAGUGGUGUUAUAGCGCCUGGUAUUCAAGAACCUAUCUACGGCACUUAUUUGUGCAAUAAGCACAUACUUAUCGCUCACGCUAAAGCUUACAGAAUAUACGAGAAAUACUAUCGACCUUCGCAACAUGGUAAAGUAUCUUUCGCUAAUAAUCUACUUUGGAUAGAACCAUUAACACCCGCUGACGAAGAAUUAGCAGAAUUGGGUUUGCAACACUCUGCAGGGCGUUACUCGCAUCCCAUAUAUUCCAAGAAAGGAGGUUGGCCGCCGUCCAUUGAAUAGGUCAUGGAAGACUACAGCAAAAAGCAAGGAUUUAACAUCUCAAGAUUGCCGCGCUUCACUAAAGAAGAAAUUAAAUUAA